AGCGCGUGCCUGCACCGCACCGCCCCCCGCGCGCUGCGCAGGCGCAGCGGCAGCUCCUCUGUAUAAAAGGUCGCGCCGGAGAGAGCCUGGGCUGUGGUCGGGAAGCCGGGACCAUGUCGCGAUAUGGGCGUUACGAGACCAAGGUGUACGUGGGCAACCUGGGCACGGGCGCGGGCAAAGGCGAGCUGGAGAGAGCCUUCAGCUACUACGGCCCGCUGAGAACCGUGUGGAUCGCGAGGAACCCGCCGGGGUUCGCCUUUGUGGAGUUCGAGGACCCGCGGGACGCUGAAGAUGCCGUACUUGGCCUCGAUGGGAAGAUAAUAUGUGGCUCGAGGGUGAGAGUGGAAGUGUCCACGGGAAUGCCGCGGCGCUCCCGUUACGACAGGCCCCCUGCCCGGCGCCCCUUUGACCCCAACGACAGAUGCUACGAGUGCGGUGAGAAAGGCCACUAUGCCUAUGACUGUCACCGCUACAGCCGCCGCAGGAGGAGCAGGUCCCGGUCUAGAUCACGAUCGAGGUCCCGAGGAAGGAGAUAUUCUCGGUCACGCAGUCGGAGCCGUGGUAGGAGAUCAAGGUCAGCUUCCUACCGCAGGUCCAGGUCAAUCUCUCCUCGUAGAUAUAGAUCAUUUUCACCUCGCAGAUCCCGAUCUGGCUCUCUAAGAAGGUCAAGAUCUCGGUCCAGGUCACGCUCACGGUCCCGGUCUGUUGUGUGGCCUCGAAGCAGGUCUGAGUCUCAUGGUAGAUCUAAAUCUGGCUUACCUGCUAAAAGUCGCUCAAAGUCCAGAUCUCCAUCUCCAAAGAGAAGUCACUCACCAUCAGGAAGCCCUUGAAGGAAUGAAAGUCCUGAAAGAACAGAUUCGAAUUUCAGAAGUUUAAGAAAAAAUUUAUUUUGUUUACAUUGUAAGGGAUUUUUGUGAUGUAAGGGCUUAGUCCUAGAAGGCUGUUUCUGUUGACUAGCAAUUGGCAUGAAUACUAUAUCUUUUAAAAGUCUUACUAGCAGACUAAUACAAAACUCUUGUUAUGUUCAUGUUCUGUGAUCUGGAAACGUUGGGCUCUUUUUUUUGUUAAUUGUUGCAUUAAAAUAAACUGUGCAUUUCUAACUAAGAAAUA